AUGAUCCCUGCUACAAGCCCCAUCUUAGUCGGCCCCAAGGUUCUUCCUGUCCUUCUGGCCGUCGGAGGCGCAACGGCUGCUGGCGGAUAUGUCCGCAACCAAGGGCGCAAUCUCGAUCGACGUUACCAAUACACCACUGCACAAAGCGCGCCGUCGCGAGCAGCACCAAUAGUGGAGAAUACUCCUCAGCCUCGAUCAAAAUCACUCGACUUGGUUCUCGAGUCCAUCUUUGUAUAG